UGCAUAGCUCACAAAGUGAAAGUACAGAAUGCUGGAAUGUUGAUCCCGAUUUCCAGGUUCUUUUUUUUUUUUUUAUAAUAAUGGAUUUUUCAUGAAGUUAAUUGUUAGUAAUGAUCUAGCAUUUUGUAUCAUAAUCUUAAAGAGAAAAUAAAUCAUCAUAUAAUGAUAUAUUUUAUGAAAUCGUUCUAUUUCGAUACACAUUGUCGGGUUCGGACUCAAGUGUAAGUUACUUUUUCGGAAAACCCUGGAAGUGGAAAAAUUCCAGACUCCAGUGCUUUUCUUCUUGAGAAUGCCAAUGGACACUGAAAUGUGAUAUCAUGGCCGCGGAUUUGGAUUAUAAGAAAAUGUUACUUGAACUUGACAAAUCUCUCAAUGCUGAAGAAUUGAAAUCACUUUUGUUUUUGUGUAAAGAUGACGUGAGGAAACGAGAAAAAGAAAAUGUCAAACGACCAACUGAUUUGUGGGAAAUUCUGGAGACUCGGGAAAAGCUGGGUCCAUCUAAUUUAGAAUUUCUGAAACAGAUUAUAGGUGGUUCCUGUAACGGUCGUCUAGAUGUAUUGAGGAUAAUUGAGAACUUUGAGAAUGGAAUUUCAAAUAUUGGUCAACAGACUGCUGUACCAGUUAAUCAUUAUCAACAACCACUUCAACAACCAGUGGUAGUGAACCGUGUUCCUUAUCAAAUGAGUCCUUCAAAUCCAACCAGUGCAGUGAAUGUCGACAGGUACAGUAAGGAAAUCAAUUUCUUAACCAAGAAUUUGGGCAAGGAAUGGAGGUUCUUCAUGCGAACGCUGGGUGUGACAGAUGGCGACAUGCUCUCGGUGGAGCAGGAUUACCCUCGUAAUUUACGGGAUCAGAUCUAUCAGUGCUUGGUGCAAUGGAUAAGAGACAAUGGAGGGCAGUUUGACAGGGGCAGAGUAAUUGCUGCACUGCGAGAUUCUGCAGUUGAAAGAUAUGACUUGGCUGGACGAAUUGAGGAUCAUGACAUUUGAUCAAAACAACAGAACUUUGAGAGAUGUCUUAUGUGAUGUUAUUUUGAUGGUUUUCUAUCUUUAUAAAUCUAUAGUAAUAUUACAUGCAAUACUCUGCACAUUUUUGCUUCAAAAAGCUCAAAGAAAUAAAACAGAUCACCAACACAU